GGACUGGCUCAUUCUGCUGCUGGUCAUCUACACUGCCAUCCUGACUCCCUACUCAGCUGCCUUCCUCCUCAAUGACCAGGAAGAGGUAGCCAAGCAGAACUGCGGUUACUCCUGCUCUCCCCUCAAUGUGGUGGACCUCAUAGUAGACAUCAUGUUCAUCAUUGACAUCCUCAUCAACUUCAGGACAACAUAUGUGAACUCUAAUGAUGAAGUGGUGAGCCAUCCGGUGCGCAUCGCCGUCCACUAUUUCAAAGGCUGGUUCCUCAUCGACAUGGUUGCUGCUAUUCCCUUUGACCUGCUCAUCUACCGCAACGGAGAGGAGACCACCACCCUGAUAGGCCUGCUGAAAACUGCUCGUCUCCUGCGAUUGGUUCGUGUUGCCAGAAAGUUGGACCGCUACUCAGAAUACGGCGCUGCUGUCCUCUUCCUUCUCAUGUGUACCUUCGCCCUCAUCGCUCACUGGCUGGCCUGCAUCUGGUAUGCAAUUGGUAAUGUAGAGAGGAACGGUUCAAUAGGCUGGCUCCACACCCUGGGGGACCAGUUGGGAAAGCACUUCAAUGAUUCUAUCCCAGGUUCAGGACCUUCAAUCAAAGACAAGUAUGUCACAGCUCUAUACUUCACAUUCAGCAGUCUGACCAGUGUGGGUUUUGGAAAUGUGUCGCCUAACACUAACUCUGAGAAGAUCUUCUCCAUCUGUGUCAUGCUCAUCGGAUCCCUGAUGUACGCCAGCAUCUUCGGCAACGUGUCAGCCAUCAUCCAGCGGCUCUACUCAGGGACGGCCCGCUACCACACCCAGAUGCUGAGAGUCAGGGAGUUCAUCCGCUUCCACCAGAUCCCCAACCCUCUCAGGCAGAGGCUGGAGGAGUACUUUCAGCACGCCUGGUCCUACACCAAUGGCAUCGACAUGAACGCAGUACUCAAAGGGUUCCCCGAGUGUCUCCAGGCAGACAUCUGCCUCCACCUGAACCGAACACUGCUGCAGAACUGUAAGGCCUUUAAAGGCUCCACCAAGGGCUGUCUCAGGGCGCUGGCCAUGAAGUUCAAAACCACCCAUGCACCCCCUGGUGACACGCUGGUCCAUGCCGGGGACGUCCUCACUGCUCUCUACUUCAUAUCCAGGGGAUCCAUAGAGAUCCUGAGAGGAGACGUAGUCGUGGCUAUCUUGGGGAAGAAUGACAUAUUUGGCGAACCCAUCAACCUGUACCCCCGCCCGGGUAAAUCCAAUGCUGAUGUAAGAGCGCUGACCUACUGUGACCUCCAUAAAAUUUUAAGAGAAGACAUCCUGGAGGUGCUGGAUAUGUAUCCGGAGUUUGCAGAACAUUUCUGGAACAACUUGGAAAUCACCUUCAACCUCAGAGAUACCAACAUGAUCCCAGGCUCUCCAAGCAGCGAUGACUCUACUGGUGGGGGGUUCAACAAAUUACGGAGGCGGAAGUUGUCGUUUCGAAGACGUACAGAGAAAGAUGACGCAGAUGCUGGAGAAUAUAAAAAAUCUCAUAAAUCUUCAAGGCGAAGACAGAGGGAAACAGCCAACAACCAAAACGAGAAGGAGGAAGCAACCAAAAGACGGUGGGGGGGACAUCGAAGCUCAGUGUCUUCCCACUCCAGUGGCGACGAGGGGGAGGAGUCUGUUGUGACUGGCCUCGCUCCACCACCUGCGUUGCUGGAACCCCCCAAAGCUCAAGCUGCGCCCAGGAACUUUAGUGAGAGCACAGAGGCUGAGGGAGACCCCAAGACUGGGAACACCUGUAAUGCCCUUUCAGGUGCUUUCUCAGGGGUUUCCAACAUCUUUAGCUUUUGGGGAGAGAGUCGAGGAGGUGGCCAGUACCAGGAGGUCCCGAGCUGCAGCCUGGCCUCCCCCCCGCCUCUCAAUACUCCACUGCACAGCCUGAGCCGUCAGCAGCGCAGCCAGCUGGACACACGACUCGACCUGCUGCAGAAACAACUCAACAGGUUGGAGAGUCGCAUGUCAGCAGACAUCGGUGUGAUCAUGCAGCUCCUGCAGAGACAGAUGGCCCUGGUUCCUCCUGCUUACAGCGCUGUUUCAUCACCUCCUCAGAUUUUGGACUCCCAGAACUUUGAAGAGUUCCCAGCUAAGUCAAUUGAUUCUAUUCAACCUCAGGACCCCUCUCUGAUCACCAUUAACCAGGAUCAUCCUGAAUCCUCUGAACAUGGCAGUCAGGGGAAGCAUCUGAAGCUGGAGCUCGGACUUGGCAGUAGGGCUGGAGUCAUUGCUGCGGGGAGUGUGACGGAUGCGGGAAAAAUUUUAGGAGCAGAAUUGGACUUUGCGUCACAGGGACAGAUGAAACCAGCUGCUGGGACGGAGGUAUCACCUAUGGACCCUGAGACCCAAAGAAGGCUCUCACUUCAAGAAUCACAGAUAUCACUGGAUUCACGGACACCACAGAGACACAGCUCUGACCCAGGAGGAAGCUAAGGAAAACUGGGAGAGGAAGGGGAGAAGAGAUGUGUCAGUUGUUCCAUACGGCAAAUAACAGAUCAGCAGACACCAACUGGAUCUACUACCUAAUCCCUUUUGAGCACUGACCAUUACCCUGUUUGGACAGAGUAAAGCCAUGUUGAAGGUCAAGAAAAGGGUUGAACCUCUCCCUCUGCCUCAGUCUUUGUUUUUAAGUCCCCUCUCAAGAGACAUCUUGACCGUCCUGAGCUUCAAAGCGGUACAACCUUUAACCAAAACCAUAAGCUGAACAGAGACACUGUCUCUAAUCCUGAUCAGUCCAGUCUGGGCCUCUCAGUCAGCUGCUAAGGAUAACGCUUCUUCUCACUCAUUUUAAACAAAUGACUAACUUAUAGAAGAAUCCCUUUACUGCUGUGUCCAGUGUUGGAUGACUGAAGAGAACAAGACAACAUUGGACAAAAUAAUGACAAAAAAGUAGCCAUUUUACGUCUUGCACUGAAAACCUUGAUACAAUGAAUAUUCUUUCUAUAUUAUGUCCAAGGCGCUUCCGAUAAACUCUAAGACUGGUUGGUGAAUUGUAGUGUUAGCUGGCCUAACAGGAAUCCUUCUGUCCCGUUCUGUCAUCGGUUCCGUCCCCCUAAUGUCCUGCCCUAAGAGGUGGAGCUAUUGUUCUAAUUUAUACGCUACCGAAAAGAACUCUGGAUUGGCUGAUCCGCACCUCAGGGGGUGGGAACUGAAGGGUUACAAGCCAUGAAUUUCCUUGAGACACAUAUCAGCUGCCCUAUCAUAAAUGUUGUACACAUUUGCUAGAGAGCUGAACACACAUGGCUUGCUUGGGUAGUGUCAGUAACAGGUAAACUUGCAAACUUACGAGAUUUGCUUGAGAUCACUACACAUAGAACAGCUCUUUAACAACUUCAACAAGCAGGCCCCAACUCCAUGAGUUCCUGUAUGAACUGUGGCCUUACAGGGAAUCUAAAAAGUCACUUGAUCAUCAGCCUCUGUGAAGUGACAAGGUCAGCAGUGACUUCUAACACCCAGUUAAGGCUCAUGCGUAGAGGAAUUCUAGUUUAUCAUUGUUGAAUUUGCUACCUCAGAUUUUAUUAGUCCUUACUUUGUUUUCACCCCAAGCACGCACCCUGAAUGCAUUUACCUUGUACAUAUGAGCUUGUCAUGUGAUACGUAAGUAUACGAGUUUGCCAGUUUACAAUGACCAGCCGAAUGCGCCAUUAUUCAAUGUACAGUACAUUAUGCAAACACUGGCUAGAAAAAAUGAGUGUGUGUGGCGUACUACUUUGUGUGGGAUAGGAUCCGGUCGGAGGCUUUAUGUGUCUGUCUGCCUCUGUUUCUGUAUCUAUCAGAGUUAGACGUGUUUGCUUGAACACAUGGUAGGGGCUCACUGGAUUCUCUUACUAUGAUUUUUCCUCCAAGACAAAGACAGAUGAAUGAUGCCUUGUUGAAAGAGACAGAUGGAAGGUUUGGUGUGUAAUACGCAAACCCAUUACAAUAUUGCUUUACAGAAAACAUGGUCCUGUUACAGUUGUUAAAAAAAACCCUGUAAGAAUUGAUACUUUAGCACCAUUUUACAUUACAAGGGGAAAUAGAGUUCUGCUGAGAGGUAUGGUCAACAUCUGCCCACUGCAUUUAUCUCUUAGUUCCCUCAUUUGUCAUCUCUAGAGACAAAUUAGUUUAUUUUGGAACCUAAAGUUAGUUUGUUCAAUUAGGGCUGAGGGAACAGCAGGAAUGUCACAAGACACCCAGAACACAAGACACUACAAGAUGUUGGGCAUGCACCAACUUUUAUAUAGAGAGUAAGAGUUUUAUAAAUCGCAAGCUGUGUUUUAAAGAAUCUGUAGUUGGUGUAAAAUAGUCCCUGCUUGACAUGUCCUGAUAUUGCAAUUUUAUGCUAGCCUCUUCUAAGGUUCUUUAAAUCCUAGAAAGCCAUGAAAAUGAUGCCCUUUUUAUGUUUUCUCAAACAGUCGAUGUUUCAUAGAAUUCAAACUGGGUUUAAAAAAAAACUAUUUUCAAAAAGGUGAUCAAAUGCAAUCCAGAAUCAUUAAAAACUGGAAAAUAGCCCUACAGUUUAGCUCUAAGGCCAUGUUUACAUGACAAAGAUCUGUUGAAAACAGGAUUGUUGGUCCAUGUCUGUUGACACAUCUACAUGGCAAUGUUUUAAUUACAAUCUCUGUGCACACAAUACUAGUCGAAACAUUUACAAUUAAGUAGUUGCCCUGUCAUGCCACUUGUAGGUGGUUGUUUGAAACUCAACAACAUGUGGAUGCAUACAAUACUCCCUGCUUAAAAAGGUACCACCACUGAGUCUUUCUCUUUGCGAGGGUGCCGCAAGGAGUUAGGAGUUCAUCCUGUCACUGGUAGGUUGCAUGUUUGAACCCCUGCUCUGACUGUCUCAGUCGUUGUGCCUGUGGGAAAGACACUUUACCUGCUUUGUGUGUUGCUGGUGGCUCCGAUUGUAUGCUAACCCCGUUUCUGUCAGUCAGCCCCAGGUGUGUGACUGGAUGAAUGACUGAAUGUAGUGUAAAGUACUUUGGGGUUGGGGUCCUCAGGGCUUGAUAAAGCACUACAUAAGUACAGGCCAUUUACCAUUCUGCACAUGUGCCAGGGCUUCCACAAAAAAGCAGUUUUUCUUUUAAGUGUACACAACAGAGUGCGGAAUGUUUUCAGAGCUUUACAUUGUUUUGCCCAUUGUCAAAUCGUAACUUUCUUAGUGCAAACAAGCGCUGUUGUGGUGUCAACAACCAGCAGAAACGCAACAGAACCUUUCUGUUUUCACCAAAUAUCAUUGUGGUUUAAAUGUGACUUAAUGGCAACCUUGGAAGUUGAUGCUAAAUUUAACACGUUAGUGGCUAACAGUAAACCAGUCGCUAUAAUAAUAUAGUUCUUCCAAAUAAUUUGUAUUUUGUACCCAGAAUACUGUCACAUAAACAACCUAAAAGUGGUAGAAGCAAGCAUUGUCAGCUAGCCUGACAAGAACUCUCUUGAUUAACAAAGUAGGGUGACUGAAGGUCUACUCCCUUUCUUUCUUCAAAAAAAGUGCACAGAUAUAGAUACAACUGGGUAUUAAUCUUAAAGCACUAACCUUAAUACCCAGGGUUUGUAAUAAGAUCUUAAACUCACUGCACCAAUCAAAGCCAUCUGGGGAAAGUACCUGGAUAUACAAACUUUACUUUGAUGAGAAAUAUUUGGGCAUUUUCACAUUGUGAGAUCGAGCUUAAGAAACACUUUUUGAUAACCUUUUAAAAACCCAACAUGUUUGCAUUAAACCAUUAUUUACAUAGAAGUAUGUGGUAUUUACAAUAUAAACCACCCGAUUGUUAGAGACUAUAACAGUCAUCUUCCUAUAUGAUAAACUUUCCUUGUAAAGUUUAUCUGGCCAAAGUCAUUAUUUGAUGCAAGAAAAAGAUCAUUGCAUUUGACCAACUGUCAUAUUGCUGAUUUUUACAUUGCAUUACUUUUGUGAUGCUAUUUCUUUGGUCGACUACAUCAAACAUGUUCUGUUUUAAAGUUCUGUGCAUCACAUGGGAAGCCAAUUGUCAUGGACUCCAUCCAACCACCACUUUUGCAUGUGUAUCUUUAUGGUUUGCAAACAUGACACCGCUUUACAGCACUUGCAUGAAUUACUUUGACAUUCUGGCGCUAUAGGUGUUUACAUUGGCCUAAUCUGAAAAUUCAUUAACAUUAGCUUGUGGUAUGAGCUAAUUUCUACUUAAACGAAAUAAAGAGAGUUACUUACUGGAAGGAUAACCACUCAACAGAAACCCUCUAUAAACUAUAUUGUCCCUUUAAAGUGUUAUUUUAAACCCAUUAUAACCCCUUUCAAGUCUUCACAUAAGCAUUUGAUUAUUGUCUUUAAAAGUAACACAUAUACGUAAGUAUUCAGUGGUCAAAACAACAACACAAUGGUUCAGUGAUCAUCAUGACAAUUAUCUGUAGAACAUAUUAAACUGUGAGCUGAAAAACCCACAUUUGGCAUAUCAUUAUGACCCUUGACAAGUAUUGUAAAAAUGAAGAACUAUCAUAAGAGCAUCAGGCUUUGAACAUGAGGUAAUACAAGUAAUUUUCCCAGAUACUCAAAGGUGGGCAGAAACACAGGAAGUAAAACC